ACUAGGAGGAUUGAACCUGCUGAGGUAGAGGAGAUAGCGGAGAUUUGGGGAGUGUGAUCGCAUAUCACGAUGUAUACCAAUGGAGGUAACAACAGUGGUAACAUGAACGCAGGCGGGAUGAGUGGGAACGACAACAACAGAAAUUGGGGAGGCCGGCAAGGCGGUCCAGUAUGCUACGAAUGUGGGAAGACCGGGCACAUAGCCCGCGAUUGCUGGUCAAAACGGGGUAAACCGGUACAGCACGAGGACGAGAUACACGUCUUCGUACGUGACCUGAUGAAGGAAAAAGAAGAGAAACGGAAACGGGAAGAGGAGGAAGAACGACAACGGGCGAAAGAAGAAAAGGAGAGAAAACGAGAGCUGGAUAUGGCUCGGAGGACAGAGGAGAUCAGGAUGCAAUUACAGGCAGAGAUUGCGGAAAAAUGGAGAAGACAGCAAGAGGAGGUUGCAGAGAAGACAAGAGGAACCAAGAUGGAGGUGAAAUGUACCAGCCCGAAUAUCUCACCGGACAGCAAAACAGCAAUGAAGACAAAGGAGAGGAAGAAGAAGGCGAAGAAGUCGACGAGGAAGCAGAAAGGGAAGAAGAGGAUUCUUGCGUCUUCUUCGAGCUCGUCAGAAUCAGGGGAAGAAAGCAGCGAAUCAACAUCUGAGGACUCGUCAGACACAAAAGGAGAGGCACUACGCUUGGUCAAGCUAUUACGAGAGAAGAAACAGAAGGCGAAGUCAAGUUGCAAGCAGACAAAGAAGAAAGACACUAGGAGAACGCCAAUGAGGACAUACGAAAAGGGAGAGUCGUCAAAGCGGGCUACGAUGCCAGGUUCUCCGACGAGGACAGGAGGGCUCGAAUCCAGAACUCCACUUUCUGUCGGAUACAAGGGUGUUAGUGCAGGCUGCUCACAAGAAGGCUUCGUCGAUUAUACAUUUGCAGUUUUGAAGCAGUACUCUACGAAGAAGGUACCAGACCUCAGAGAAAUGUGUGACAAGUAUGGGAUCAAGGUGACGUUAUUGCUAGGACUGGCCGGAGAAAUCAAGUGGAUGGAUACAUACAUCGACAAGCUCGAAGUUAGUGAGGACACUUUGUAUUUGAAGACCGGAGGAACAUACAUCAUCAUGAGCCCAUGGUCCAAACGAGCCUAUGUCGGCUACACAGCGCGACCGAUCAUUCAGAGGUGGAAACAACACGUACUUGCAGCCAGAUCGAAGUCACUAGGCAAGUCGCCACAACUCUAUCGAUGGAUGAGACAAUUCGGGAUUGACAAUUUUGUGAUCAUACCGAUCAGACAUACAACAGAAGCAGACGACUACGCGUUCGAGAGGCAUCUGAUUCGCGAUCUUUCAUCGAGCCUCAAUACGCUUGGGACAAGAGCACGGGAGGCACGGAGAUCACGACGACGGAAGGGCAGGCGAGAGAGGAAGAACCGGGGUGAUAAGAAGGGAGGGAGAAGAGUGGUCAAAUUUGUCACUAACGACGGACCACGAACGUCGUUACUGAACUGGCUAGACGAGUUGCAAGAGAAGAAGAUAGGACCGUGCGAAGUGGAGAUCGUGGCAGGGACGAGUUGGGGUGAUGAUUGGAAGACGAUCGUCUCAAAAUUUUUGGUCCGUACGACGCCGAUUUUGAUGGAACGACGGAGUCCAGACGAUCCUAGGUUAGAUAUAGGCGGGGCAAACAUCACAGAGUUCCUAAUAGCCUACGAGAACCUGGCUGCGUUACUAAAAUGGAGUGAAGAGGAAAAGAUGAAUCACCUAGGACAGCAUGUGUCGCUGAGCCUAGGGCGAGACAUAAUGGCUAUCGUUGCCGCGAGCAGGUCUUGGAAGGAGACUCGGGAUGUGAUGAUGAGGAAGUAUGUGGUGGCAGAAAAGAUGGCAACAGAAGCCAAGCUAGCGGCAGUACAAAGGAAGAACUUCGCCACAUACAAUGACUUCCUGAGAGAAUUCACCCUGGUGGCGCUAAGGAUCCCCGGGGUAACGGACCGAAUAAUGAGCAAGUAUUUCCUCAGGCAGUUCUUUGAGUUCGAUAAGGACAAAAUUUUGUCAGCAUACCAGCAGACGAGCAAAUCCGUAAAUACGAGGGAUGCUGAUUUCAGUACCGUAACAGACCUUGCCGAGAAAACGGUAGUAACCGAGUCAUUGGCCUUGCUUAAGGAAGAAGAAGUCAUAGAUCUGAGUGGAUCAGGGAAGAAACCUUAAAAGCGAGAAUGAAAUUCGGCAACGAAA